GACGCCGCGUAGGCUGGGCAGGCCGGGCAGCGGGGCUGGGAGCGGAGCCCCAUGUCCUGCUGUGUCCCACCACGAUGUUGCCCUCCCGGAGGAAAGCGGUGCAGCUGCCCUGGGAGGAUGGCAGGGCCCGGUUGCUUCCUGGAGGCCUCCGCUGGAAAUGCUCCAUCUUCAACCUCUUCAUUGCCUUUCUCCUGUUGGUCUUCUUCUCCCUGCUCUGGCUGCAGCUCAGCUGUUCUGGAGAUAUGGCCCAGGUGACCAGGGGACAAGGGCAGGAGACCUCAGGUCUACCCCGGGCUUGCCCCCCAGAGCCGCCCCCUGAGCACUGGGAAGAAGAUGAGUCCUGGGGGCCUCACCGCUUGGCAGUGCUGGUGCCCUUCCGGGAACGCUUUGAGGAGCUGCUGGUCUUUGUGCCCCACAUGCACCGCUUCCUAAGUAGGAAGAGGAUCCAGCACCACAUCUACGUGCUCAACCAGGUGGAUCAUUUCAGGUUCAAUCGGGCAGCACUCAUCAACGUGGGUUUCCUGGAGAGCAGCAACAGCACAGACUACAUCGCCAUGCACGACGUGGACCUGCUCCCUCUCAAUGAGAAGCUGGACUAUGGCUUCCCGGAGGCCGGGCCCUUCCACGUGGCCUCCCCAGAGCUCCACCCUCUGUACCACUACAAGACCUAUGUGGGCGGCAUUCUGCUGCUGUCCAAACAGCACUACCAGCUGUGCAACGGAAUGUCCAACCGCUUUUGGGGCUGGGGCAGAGAGGAUGAUGAAUUCUACCGUCGCAUCAAAGGAGCUGGCCUCCAGCUUUUCCGCCCCUCCGGGAUCACAACUGGGUACCAGACAUUUCGUCACUUGCAUGACCCAGCCUGGCGGAAGAGAGACCAGAAACGCAUUGCGGCUCAGAAACAGGAACAGUUCAAGGUGGACCGGGAGGGAGGCCUGAACACUGUGAAGUACCGGGUGGAUUCCCGCACGGCGCUGUCGAUAGGAGGAGCCUCCUGCACCGUCCUCAACGUCAUGCUGGACUGUGAUAAGACAGCCACUCCGUGGUGCACGUUUGGCUGAGAGCUAUACUGUAAGGAAGCUUCUAGACCUCAGUGCUGCUCAGACUCAGGAACCUUAGGCCUUAGACCCAGCUCUAGAGGAUGCAGAGAGGCCUGAGGAGUAGCCAGCCAGUCCGUGUCUUCAGCAACCUGACCCCAGAGCCAGGCCCAAGACAGGACACGCGUAGACCCUGGGAUGUGCUGGAAACCUUUGUCAGAGAGGCUGGAGGCGUGGCUUUUGACUCUGCCCUGCCUUCCUGCUUGGCCUGCUCUGCCUGCCCACCACACUGAGGCCUGAGGCCUGAGGCAGUGAAACGGUGGCCAGGACAGCCUCAGCUCAGAAAAGCUGCUCCUCUGGAAGAACAGACUCACAAAGAAGUAGUCAGAAGCCACGUGGCCAGUGUGUAUGGCAGUUGCUAUGAGGAGACUUAGGAUGUCAGAAGGCGGAACACAAGGCCUGUGCGAAGGAGCUGCCUGUGUGAGCUGUAGCUGGUGCCACCACAGAGGAACCCGGGCACCAGAUCUCACUUCUCAAAAGAAACUAGAGUGCUGGAUUCUUAAGCAGAAUCUCCUGAUUUUUUUAAAUGGCAGCAGUUAACUAAAACUUUGAAAAGUUGUGGCAGGCCAAACAAAAUGGUUUAUGGUUCACUGGUUUGUCACCUUUGGUUGACCAAAGGGGGAUAAUAGAAAAGACAAUGCUUGAUGCUCUCAGUUAUCCACUGGCAAGGAACUGGACCAGGGUCGGGGGAAGGCGGCAGGCGUGGAUGGGCAGAAAAGCCAAAGGCAGGGUCCCUGCGUGUCCCUGAUUACCUGGACUCAUGGGCAGUCCCCUUGCUACCCCCGGGAAGCCCUAUUUGAUUCUGGCUUUGUCUGGUGGGGCUCUGUCUCCAAUGUGGUGCUCCAUCCCGCCUUACUAGGAAAUAGGCAGAAGGAAGGAAAGAACUAGAGAAGAGAGCCACAGGACCUGAUGGGCAUGGGGGCCAGGACAGCUCAGAAGGGAGCCAUGUUCCUGAGAUGGGAGAAACUGAGGAAUUCUAGAGUAUUCUCACAGCUGGAAGGAAGGGCAGGUGCUAAGGCAGAGACUGGGACUGGGGAGUGUUUGGGGAAGCCCGAGAAGAAUCAGAGCACUACUACAAUUUUUGAGCCAAAUUUGAAGCAAGCUUUAUUAAAUAUUGGUGGGUA